UGGUUUCUUACCAAUAGCCUUUUCUUUUCAUGGCGACCUUUGCUUUGCGCCUAUGCCCUUUGCUUCCACUUCUGACCACGGCCUUCACCAAGCCCCUCACAGCCAUCCGACGCUGUUACAUUCCACCGCCACGGGCCAAUUUCGGGUGUGCCCUCUUGGAGAACCUCACGGGACGUGAUGAGUUUGGAUUCAACUCCUACGGUCAGGAGACCACUGCCCAUCGGCGCUGCUUGCAGUCUUUGCGGAAGGCGGGCGGCAACACCUUCGUGUUCUCCGUGGGUUUCUGUGAACUUUGGACUUGCUCCAAAGAAGCGUUGACCGCUGCAGCGUCGUCCGAGAAGAUGGAGGUCGGAACUCGCAAAGUCUUCAGUGAGCUGUGCGAGUACCAGGAAUCGCUGAAGACGUCUCGCAGUCCGGUCUUUGUGAAGCUUUGGGAAUGGAAUUAUGUGGACAUUGCCAAGGAAUGUGAAGAAUAUCUGGGCCCCAAUGGCUUUGAUGCUGUGCAAGUCUCGCCGGUCACGGAACAUAUUCUGGGGCCUGAAUGGUGGACCAAAUAUCAACCAGUCUCCUUUUCCUUGAGCUCCCGGUCCGGCUCGGCUGAAGACUUCCGCACGAUGGUCCGAGACUGCCGUGCCGCCGGUGUGGAGGUGAUUGUCGAUCUCAUCAUCAAUCAUAUCGCCGCUCCCUGCCGAGCGGCCAAGAAUGCGGAGGUCAAGAAUUUGACCCCAUGCGUGGGUUGGAAUGGUAGCCUCUUUGGAAACCGCCGAUUGGGAGGUGCCAGGGGCUGGGACCAAGCAGGCCCGGAACACUUUCAUCAUGUGGAGGGUCAGAUGAUGGAAAACUGCUAUGUGGGACCUCCAGGCUGGAGUUGUGGCGGUGGAGGCAUUGAUGUCACUGAUUGCAGCUGCUGCUCCUGUGACUUCCUGAAGAUGCCCGAUUGGCAUACGGGUUUGGAUGAAGUCCGCCAGAUGCAUACACGUCAUGUACAAGAGCUGCAUGACAUUGGCGUCACGAUGCUGCGGGUGGAUCUGUCUUUGUUCGAGUCCAUUGAGGAUCUGAGCCACGUCCUGAAUACUGUGCCAUGGGACUUUGUGUACCAAGAGUGGUGGUGGGAACGUCCAGAUGCCCAGCGGCAUCGUUACAUUGGCCACUUUCGGGACAUCACCUACAGGUACAAGCUCACCCACUACUUGGGCAACUCGAGCCUUGCGAAGCUGCCGGAUCUCUUCACCCUGGAGCGCGGCCACGAUGAGAUUGCCCCGGAGACGGCCAUUUAUCCCAUCGCCUUCCAUGAUGGACGCUCCUGGAAGGCCAAACCCGGGAACGCCACCUACAAGAAUGGCUUGGAGUAUCAUCAGCAGCAAAAGUUUCUUUUGGCUUGGCCAAAAGGAAACAUUGUGAUGCUCUGGGGCGGCUUUGGUUGGUCCAGGAUGAGCGAUGGGCCGCCAGGGUGUGAUGACCGCACGGGCAGUCCCUAUUGUCAGCCGGAGUCCGUCUAUGUCAACGGCCGGGCGCGCUGCCUGCCAACUCCCACAGAGUCACCUUUGCCGAAGGAGCUACACAUGGAGCGCAGAUGGAUCUGUGAGCAUCGCUGGCAGGGGGUGGCUGGCCUCAUUGAGUUUCGCAAGGCUUGCCGUGGCUUGCCCAUCACCCGAACCUGGCAGGCACCGGAGCUGAGCGACGGGCAACUGGCCUUUCGAGCUGGGGAGGAGUGUUUUGGAGCACUGGUGCGGGGCUACAAUGAGAAGUUGCGAUCGCCUUGGGGGCACCUGGGCAACUGGAAGCUGCGAGGCUUGGAAGUGGGCUUGCCCAGUGGCCGUUAUUGCGACAUGGGGUCCCUGUCCACGCGCCGUGAAUGGGAUCGAAGGCAUUGCCCGCGGCAGGUGGUCAUUGGCACGGAUGGCAGGAUCUUGAGUGGAUUUGUCCGGGAGGGCGACCUCCUGGCGAUCUACGUGGGAGGACGUCUCUCAUGACGUCAGGGAGGGCGACCGUUCGAACGAACCGAGAGGCGAGCGGGGUGUGUUUUUGAGCGCUCGAAAGACUGAGCUCACCCUGCAAGUGGCAGAGGGAUCUUUCCUUUGUCAUCCAGCCAUCUUCCCCUAGAUUGGUGGUUUGGAUCAGAGUUGUUUGGGGACUUUUGGCCUGUC